UCCUUCUAUAUAAUGUUGGCAUCUUCACGCAAGGCUGUUGCCUCCAUCCCCACCGUCUUAAAGGCAAACUACUCUGCCGCUGCCGCCGCCAAUGCCGUCCAGAUUUCUUCUGCUAAGAAUGGAAUCAAGGUUGCUUCUGUUCAAGAUUCCUCUGCAACCGCUGGCAUUUCCGUUGUUGUCAAUGGUGGUGUUAAGGAACACCAACAACCGCACCGCAUUCCGCAUCGUUCGCGAAGCUGAAAUUGCCGGCGCCGUCUUGUCUUCCAACUUGACCCGCGAGAGCAUCGUCUACAGUGCCGAAUUCUUGAAGGGUGAUGCUGCUCAAUUCGCCGAGAUUUUGGGUGAUAUUGUCUCCAACCAAAAGUUCCAGGAUCACGAGUUCGUCGAUGUUAGCAAGCAAACCGCUAUGGAAUCUGCUUACGCUUAUGGCACCCCCGCCGUUGCUGCUAUCGAAGCUGCUCACAGCGCUGCUUUCCGUAACGGCCUCGGUAACUCUCUCUUCGCCAGCAAGACCGCUCGUGUCUCUAACGCUGCCGUUAAGGAGUAUGCCCAAAAGUUGUUCACCUCCGGAAACGUUGCUCUUGUCGGUACCAACGUCGAACAUGAAGACCUCAAGUCCUAUGCUGAUGCUUUCUUCAACCUCGGAAGUGGCAGCGUCUCUCUCCCUGCUUCCAAGUACCACGGUGGCGAGCUCCGCUUGUCCACCGCUACCCCUGUUGCUAGCUACGUCCUUGCUUUCCAAGGUGUUGCUGCUGGUACUAAGGAGUACGCCGCUGCUGAAGUCUUGCGUCACGUCCUCGGUGGUGAACAACUUGUCAAGUUCACACAGGGUGCCUCCCUUCUCUCUCAAACUGCUGCCAAGCUUUCCGGCGAUGUUCAAAUCAACGCUUUCAACUUUGGCUACUCGGACGCUGGUUUGUUCGGUGUCCAGGUCAACGCUUCCUCAGAUAACAUCUCUUCUGCAUUGAGCGCUGUUGCUGAGCAGCUCAAGGCUGUUCAAGGUGGUGUUUCUGAUGAGGACCUUAAGAGAGGUAUUGCCCAAGCCAAGUUUGCCGCUGCAGCAGCAUUCGACUCCCGCUUGGAUCGCCUUGAUGUUCUCGGUCGCCAGGCCUUCGGUCAAAACGUUGCAUCAUUUGACAACGUCCAAGCCUCCGAUGUCGCUAAGGUCGCCGAGUCUAUCUUGAAGAGCAACUCUACAGCCGUCGCUGUCGGCAACCUCCACGCUCUUCCUUUCGCCGAUUCCCUCUCCCUUUAAAAAUCUAACCAAUAUCUUGUCUUUUUUCAAACUCAAAAUUUAUAUAAAAUCAAUCAUUAGACGGUGAACUUGAAUAA